AUGAAGGGGCAACACACAUUGAACUGCCUGGGCAUGGGCCUAGGACUCCCAUGGGUCUGUGAACACCUGUUCCAGGGCGUUGGCCCUGAACCCCUGAGGGCCCGCAGGGACCACGUGGCUCGCCUAGGAAGCCCUUUGGCUGAGGCUGCCCAGUGCGGCCACGUGGACUCCAGUCCACGGUUACGUCACUCAAAGCGUUGCCAGGCGUGGUGGCAGGGUGACCUCGUGGACGCGGCCCCUGUCUCCAGCACCACCUGGAGAAGAUAUAAAGCUAUUUGUGCUGGGCGGUCCCUCCAGAGAGCCCCGCGGCAUCCCGAGGGGCCGCUAUGGCCAGUUCCACGACCUGAGACUCCGCAGACCAAGCCGCCAACGCGCCGCGCCUGGUCCGCACGAACUCUGCCUCCUGGGGACGCCCCAGCCACAGGGACGCGUAUCUCUGGGUGUCUCCGCGCAACCAGGAGCUGUGCGGGAGAUCGCGACCCGCGUGGGAGGCGGCCCUCUGCGCAGCCGCGCGCCUGGGCGCCGCAGGGCAAGUGCCUCGGGUUUGGUGUCCCGAGGCCCAGUCGGGGAAAUGUGGGCCGGCUGCAGCCUGGGCGGUCAGGGGCAGAGUCCACGCAAACCACACCAGGCCCGCCCUGGUGGGCCAGCCUUUCGAACCUUGCCUCGGUGCACCCAGCCUCUCCCCACCGCCCCGCCUUUUCUUUUGGCUCCACCCCGUGGCUACGCCUGCGCAGUGGGGCGGGGGCAAUAGGCAUCUUGGCUGUCCAGGCAGACCUGCCGCGGUGCCGGUCGCCUCCAGUGCGCUGCUGCCUCCAGCGCGCCCGCCCGAGCUCGGGCGGCUCCGGCUGGGAUGGCGGCGGCGGCCGAGCCCGGGGCCCGCCCCUGGCUGGGCGGCAGCGCCCCGCGGCCCAGAAGCCCGGUCUGCAGCCCAGUACUGGGCGGCGAAGGCCGCGCGCGCCCGGGGUUGGGGCCGGGCCGAAGCGGGCGGGCGUCAGACCCCGGGGUCCCGCGGCCUCGCAGGGCCACAGCUUCCGGAAGGUGACGCUCACCAAGCCCACCUUCUGCCAUCUCUGCUCGGACUUCAUCUGGGGGCUGGCCGGCUUCCUGUGCGAUGUCUGCAACUUCAUGUCCCAUGAGAAGUGUCUGAAGCAUGUGAAGACCCCAUGUACCAGUGUUGCACCCAGCCUGGUCUGGGCUUUCAUUAUGCAGUUAAAACAGAAGGGUUGGAAAACUGCUCAGGAUUAAAAGGAAUCAGCUGUUCAUGCACCUAGUGCCAUGGAUGGGCCUCCAGGGGGCUGUGCUGAGAAAAGCCGAUACCAAAGGGCACACACUGAGCGACAUAAAAUGUUCUGGAAAUAUAACUGGAUAAGGAAGUGGCUGUAGCUAUGAAAGAGCAGUAGAGGGAAGGAUGGAGUUUUCUGCGUCUUCACUGCCUGUGAGCACUGUGGCUAUGAUGCUACUUUUGCAUGAUGCUACCUGGGGGAACUGAGCCAAGGGUGUGAAAGAGCUCCAUCAUUUC